UAUGCAACCGGUGCGCCCGUUUCCGGAAGUGUAGCCCAGACGAACAUCGGACUGCGCCUGCGCGCUGACGUAUUCCCAAAAGCCCAAUGAACGGAGGGGUGGGCUGCUGGUGUUUGGGCCCGGUUUCCGGUUCCUGUGGGAGUUUCUGUCCGCUCUUGUGCUACGUGUCUCUGGUGAGCAGACGCGGAGCAGACAUCAUGGAUCAGGUAAUGCAGUUCGUUGAGCCAAGUCGGCAGUUUGUGAAAGACUCAAUUCGGCUGGUUAAAAGAUGCACCAAACCUGAUAGAAAAGAAUUCCAGAAAAUUGCCAUGGCAACAGCAAUAGGAUUUGCUAUAAUGGGAUUCAUUGGCUUUUUUGUGAAAUUGAUCCAUAUUCCUAUUAAUAACAUCAUUGUUGGUGGCUGAAUACCUUUUUAGAAAAGUAGUUUUCAUCUUGGGGAUUGGUGAACAAGUGAGGAUUUGAGAAGCUGUUGGAGCAGAAAUUUGUCUCUGUGUUUUAUGUUUUUCUUUCAUUUUUUUCUUCCAAGAUGUUUUCUAUUUGUAAAUUAAAAUAAUUUUAAAAUAGAA